GAUACUCGCACGUCAUCUCGCGAGCGCUCAGCCCAGGGAGGCAAAUGGAGCGAGAUGAGGUCUGACAAAGAGCAAAUGACGGCCAGCAAGGACAAGGGCGUCGUGGAGAUCAAGUUCAGGGACGCCUCGGGAGAGCAGGACAACAUUCCCAAGCACAAAGAAGAGAAGAAAGAGCUUUUUACGAAGGUGGUCAUUCGAAGGCUCCCCCCUCACCUGACCAAGGAGCAGUUAGAAGAACAACUCAGCCCGCUUCCUUCCUAUGACUACUUUGAGUUCUUCCCCGCUGAUCCAAGCCUGUACCCACAUCUGUUCUCCAGAGCCUACAUCAACUUUAAAAACCAGGAAGAUAUCCUUCUGUUCCGAGACAGAUUUGAUGGCUACGUCUUCAUUGACAGCAAAGGUCAGGAGUUUCCUGCUGUGGUAGAAUUUGCCCCCUUCCAGAAAGUCUCCAAGAAGAAGCUCAAAAAGAAAGAUGCCAAAGCUGGAAGUAUCGAGGAAGACCCGGAAUAUAAGCGCUUCCUGGAGAACUACUCCUGUGAUGAGGAGAAGUCGAUGGCCAACCCAGAGACCCUGCUGGGGGAAAUCGAGGCCAAAACCAGAGAACUGAUAGCCAAAAGGACAACACCCCUGUUAGAGUACAUCAGAAACAAGAAGAUGGAGAAACAGAGAAUGCGAGAGGAAAAGCGAGAGGAGCGUCGACGGCGAGAGUUCGAGAAGAAGCGACAACGCGAGGAGGAGAAACGCAAGCGACGCGAGGAGGAGAGGCGCAAACGCAAAGAAGCCGACAAGCAGAAGAAGCUGUCGGACAAAGACGUCAAAAUUAAGCUGCUGAAGAAGAGCGACCGGGACGACGACGCCGACUCGGACCGCGUCAAGGACAAAAGUGACGUUGGCGAGACGGAGAGAGGAAAAUGGGAAAAAGCAGGUGGCCAGAUGAAGUUGAAGGAUUCCAAGGAAAACAGAGGUCAGCCGGAGAGCGACAAGGAGCAGCAGCAGUGCCGCCGACCGCGUGACAAGGAGCACCGCGGCAAAGACGACGACAGGAAGCGUCAGAGGCACCACUACGACUUUGACAAGUUCGCACGGCGCAAAGACGAGACCAAGUGGGGCAAGGGCUACUGCCAGGACCGCGCCAAGAAGGAGGGCCAUCACCACGCCUACGCCUUCUGCCCCGACAGCGGCGACAAGCAGACCAAGGAGGACAGGGACGAGCUGGCCAACAGGAAGGAGCGCCUCCGAAACAAGGUGAGCGAGAAGGACCGGCCGGCCAUGCAGCUGUACCAGCCCGGCGCGCGAAAUCGCAAGGGAGUUAACUCGGCCUGCAAAAGCUACGACGGCGUGCCGGCGGCCCACUCGCCCGAGGGCGACGCCGGGGGUUGCUUCGAUGUGGAGACGGUGCCGGACAGAGCCUUUGACAACGGCAACGAUGAGCACGGACACUCGUAAGACAACGUCAGUCAUUCACAGCGGAGGCUUUCAAACCGAUCGCCAUCAUAUUUCUUUUCAGACUGUGUACAGUACACUCAAUGAUUUGGGAGCCAUUCAAAUAUGAUUGAAUUGUAUAAGUUUCAUCAUAGAAUGGAAAUGAUGAGACUAUUUGGUGAACUACGCUCCAUGAUCUGUGAGAAUAUUGCACUUGUUCAAAUCAUUUGUGAAGGUUGUGUGUGAAGAGGGAGAUGUGGGGCGCUUGUACCAUAACUAUGUUAUUGAUACAAGUGGAAAAGGUGUAAGUGUUGAAACAACCACACCCCCCACCGGUGUGCUACCUAGGGGUGUGGGUGUUCUUGUUUUUCUCUUUGUGGGGCACAACCUUUGACCUCCUAACUUUACAGUCUUUGUGGGGACAUUUUGGUUGGUCCACACGCUUUGACCCUGUUAAGACUCCACGUGUGUGUAUGUGUAUGUUUGUGCAUGCGUAUGUCAUCCAGAGCAAAUUUUUUAUUACCAUUCAAUGGACAUUUCUAUGAAAAGAAAUCCUAGAACGUGAAAUAUUUGAUAGUCUCAUGCAAGUAAUAACUAUAUCUAACUAAUAAUAUGCUCUAAGGCAAUCUGGUCCAUGCAAUAACAUGCUGUUGUUGUUGUUUUUUCCCCCAAGCCUUAUCCAUAUGUACUUUGCACAUGAGAAAAUAAAGGUCUUGUGAGAGACUGAG